AAUUUUUCUCACGUUCAGACAAAUUUUAUAUUUUUUGUAAGAUUUUUUUUUUUGAGGAAAAUAAUUUUAUACCAAAUUUUUUUAAACUCGCAAAAAGUAUUUUACGCAAACUUUAAACCAACAAAAUGCUGUCGGAAAAGGAUAAAGCAAAUAAUUAUUUUUUCAACCGUACAGAUCGAAGAAGUCUGCACACACAGCUUAAAGAUCUUGUGCAAACCGCGUUAGACGUUGCGGCAAAGGAACUGAAUCAACGACGAAAGAAACUACGCCGUAUGCUCGAGAGAGAGGAUAAAAUUUAUGAAGAGGAAUUCGCCAGUAAAGUCAAGUCACGCAUAGACGAGGAUAUAAAAACGCGCAAAGCGGCUUUGUUCAAGAUCAAAGAGCAGCGCAGUCAGUAUGAUAAAGAGUUCUUGGAUAAGAAAAAUAUACAGUUACAUUUCGAGAACUGCCAUGAAAUACGCGAGGCUUUGAGACUCAAAGAGACGCAGCGAACAAAGGAGAUACACCUGGAGCAAAUGGUGGAAAAGAAGCGUGCCCUUAUGCGAGAGCGCCAAUUGGACGAGUAUUGGUGUAAAGUGCCCGACGCAAAUGCACAGCAUUACGACAAACGCCAGGCGGAGGAAAACCAGAUGAAAUGUAAUUUAAAGCGCAAAAUGCGUUGCUUGCUGGAGGAGCAAAUUGAAAUGCACAAGAAACAGGAAGAGUGUCAACGCGAGCAAAAGCGAGUAGAAGCCAAAGAGUUAGCCAAAGUAGCAGAACAGAUGCGUUUGGAGGAGCUCGAUCGAGUGGAUCUCGGCAAACCGGCAAAGACGCAGGAAUACCGCGAGGAGCUGCUUGCAAUGAUUGCCAAAAAUAAAGCCACACGUGACGCUGAGAAGUGUGCGCGCAUAGAAGAGCAUAGUCAACUAAUGCGCAAAGUAGCACAAGAGCAACGGGAUGAAAGCGCAUCAAUCAAACAACACAAGCGCGCCGUUUACAACGCCACAAUAGAAUAUAUCGACUAUGCGCAGAGAAUGCGUAAAUUGAAGCAAGAUGCAGAAAAUAUGCGCCAGUCGCGCACAGACGAUUUGCGGCACGUGGAUAUUUGCACCAAGAGCAAUAUACAGCGCGAGCUCCAGCAAAAAGCGGAAGUAGCAGCGCUCUGCUACGCUGAGUUACGACACCAAAUGAACGAGGAGCAUGAGCGACGCCUACGUGACAUCGCGGAGCAACGUGAAGAGAAAAUAAUCGAAAAUCGUUUUGCGCGCCCAGAAAAGACACGCGCCGAAAUAACGGCCGAGCGUUUCAAGACGCGCAAGCAACUAGAUGAACAGUUAGCCGAAAAUGCGCGCAUACAUGCUGAACAAGAAGCGAAAUAUAAUGCAGAAUUGAAACUCGCACCGAAUGAUCCGGAGUUCUGUAAGCAACUAGCGGAAAAGUAUUUAAGUGCGGGCAUCGACUACUUACCGCCGCACGCCAAUUGGCUAAUAUAUGCGUGUCCACAGCAAAAUUUUUCAGCUAAACAGAACGAGGCCAGUGCGGCAGGUGACCACAAGCGAGAUUUCGAGGACUGAGCGAAGCGGCGCGUGGUUCAAACCUGCUGAUAUGGAAGGGUUUAGCGUAAAGUUUUUUUUAUUUUUUUAUUUUCUAUAAAACAAUGAAAAAA